CAGCACCGGGAGCGCCGCCGGCAUACGCGUUUUCGCCUCCGCGUCUGCCCCGGGCUGUCCCGCGGUGCGCGUAACCGCCCUCCUGGUCCCGAACUUACGCCACUCUGUUAGCUCAUGGACCGUAUGGGGGUUGAAAAACAACCCUGUAGCGUACCCGUAAUCUAACAACUGUGGGAGCUCUCUCUGCAAGUCCAUGUCUUUAAUCUGCCGCUUUUUUAAAAAGCAAAUAAAUAAAUCAUAUGCUGCUUGCCUUUCCAUUUCUAAUCAGCGCUGUUGCAAGGCUUACAGACUUCGGCAGCACGUAGGCUAGGACUAUAUUUAUAGCUCCUAGGGCCGCGACCCGCAGUGGUCGUUUGCCGUCCCCCCCUUGCUUCAGAAGGACCCGCUCCUACUUCCCCAUCCGUGGCAGCCGUGUCUGUCCGUAGUCGUCGACGUCGGGGUCACCAUUUGAUGGAGAAGGAAGACUUGCUCGCCAUAUGAUGAUCGACAAGUCUCGUCUUUAUUCCCGAAUUACGGAUUAUUAUACACCUUUUAAUUAGCUCAUGCAUAGUGCAAAAUCCCAGCUCACCAUUGGCUAACUAGCUAUCAGCUAUUUACGUGCUAUUUUGGUAUAACUACUUAUUACUUUCCCAGGCUGUUUUUCUCCACCACCUGCUCGGUGCAUUACUUCAUCCGCAGGCCAAGGACACAGUUUAAUUGGAAGGCAACUCCCCUCAUUUUCUAUCUUGGUCAAAUUAAUCUCACUGUGAGCUUUAGCUCGGAGCUAGCUUGUUACAAAGCUCUCAACACAGAACAUAUUUUCAUUCUGAGUAUCUUUCUGUAAAUGAACAUUCUGUCUCAACCAGGAGGUAUUUUUGACCAGCUGUUAAAACUUCAGAAGUACACCUAGAAAAGAGGCAAAGACAGUUUCCUGAAACAUCUGCCUUUUAUUAAAAGUCCAUCAUAUGGGUCAAAAGAAGGGUGAAAAAACCAAAUCAGUCCUUUUACUUCUUCAGUAUGUGAUUUCACAGAUACUUUUAAUUUCAUUUUAAAGAAAAAAAGAAAGUAGCAUGUACAGGGAGAACAAUCCAAUAGGAAAUACUAAAUCUGUACCUGUUUGUGUGUCAACUCACCCGCAAAUGGUGAGUUAAAAGAUAAUUUGUAGCAUUUGAAAUGUCUUCAAGUAGCCUUUACACUCAGCAAAACUUUGGUCACAAGUGGAUAAGGUGAUCAUGGGAUCUGUUCCAUGAAAAAAAAAUAUCCCCUUAGAUUUUUUUUUCCCUACUGUUUUUGAUAUAUAUUGCAUAUUGUGCCUUAAGGGCAGCAGCUACAUAGAGAUAUCUCUCAGUAUUCGUUCAGUAUUUGACAGUUAGGCUGUUCCAAUGUACCUUAGGGAUUUUUAUUCUAAUUUUAUGCUGUCAGACUUUUAUUUCUCUGACUUUGUAUCCUCUGUGGUAAUAUUACUAAAAGCUUUCCGGUUUUGUGGGUAUUUUUAUUAAAAGAAAAGUAAUUGUAUUAAUCAGAGCUUAGUUUUUCUUGCCUUUUUCUUCCAGAUUAUCCCAAUGGCAUUCGGCUCACGUCAGCUGUUCCAGGAGCAGAUAUCAAAGUACUCAUAAAUUUCAAUGCACCAAAUCCUCAGGACAGGAAGAAGUUUACAGAUGAUUUGAGGGAAUCAAUUGCAGAAGUUCAAGAAAUGGAAAAGCACAGAAUAGAGUCCGAGCUGGAGAAGCAGAAGGGGGUGGUGCGUCCCAGCAUGUCGCAGCGCUCCAGCCUGAAGAAGGACUCCGGGAACGGGACCCUGCCCCGGGCGUGCCUGGACGACAGCUACGCCGGCGGCGAGGGGCUGAAGCGGAGCGCGCUCAGCUCCUCCCUGCGCGACCUGUCCGAAGCAGGCAAGCGUGGGCGACGCAGCAGUGCAGGAUCGCUAGACAGCAAUAUGGAAGGGUCCAUCAUUAGCAGUCCUCACAUGCGCCGAAGAGCUACAUCAACCCGAGAGUGUCCAUCUCGCCCUCACCAGACUAUGCCCAACUCCUCCUCACUCCUAGGGUCCCUGUUCGGUAGCAAGAGGGGCAAGCCCCCCUCGCAGAGCCACGCGGCCGCGCAGACCCCGCACCACGCGGAGGGCGCGGCCGCCGCACCGCACCCGCACCACGCGCAGUUCUGCCACCAGAACCCGCCGCCCUACCACCACCACCACCACCACUACCACCCGCCCCCGCACCCGCACCCGCACCAGUACCACCAGCACGGGCACGGCCACGGGCACGGCCCCUACCUGCCGCACGCCCCGCACCACGGCCCGCACCACGGCCCGCACCACCACGGGCCGCCCCCGCCGCCCGCCGCCGCCAGCACCAAGCCCAAACACAGCGGCAUCAGCACCAUAGUCUAG